GACACGCCCCCGCUCCCUCCCAGGCACCGCUGCCCGCUCUCCCCCUAGUAAGAGGCUGCGGCUCAGUGAAGAAGCGUCUUCAUUAUCCGGCCGGGGCCUCGUUUCACCCCCAGUCACCGACACAGCAGCCGGGAAAGGACAGCGCGGCACCGAACACCAUGGGAAAUGAAGCAAGCUACCCGCUGGAAAUGUGCUCACACUUUGAUGCUGAUGAGAUCAAGCGACUGGGGAAAAGGUUUAAGAAACUCGACUUGGACAAUUCUGGAUCUCUGAGUGUAGAGGAAUUCAUGUCUUUACCUGAGCUGCAACAGAACCCCCUUGUCCAGCGAGUAAUAGACAUAUUUGAUACAGAUGGGAACGGAGAGGUAGACUUUAAAGAGUUCAUCGAAGGAGUGUCGCAGUUCAGUGUUAAGGGUGACAAGGAACAGAAACUGAGGUUUGCUUUCCGUAUAUAUGACAUGGACAAGGACGGCUACAUCUCCAAUGGCGAGCUUUUCCAAGUAUUGAAGAUGAUGGUCGGAAACAACCUCAAAGACACCCAGCUACAGCAGAUAGUAGACAAAACGAUCAUCAAUGCAGAUAAAGACGGGGACGGAAGAAUAUCCUUCGAAGAGUUCUGUGCUGUGGUGGGAGGUUUAGAUAUCCACAAAAAGAUGGUGGUUGACGUGUGACUCCUCAGAGCAACACCCAACACUUCUGCUUUCUUCUCCAUCUCUGAAGAUCUGCUCAAGACGUCCAGCAACGCUCUCUGUGUAUUUUAAAUGGAAGUAUUUUUCUCUGUGAAGCCACAUUUUCCAACAUGAGCCUCAUGAAGCCAACCUAAGUGUUAUUGAACUUUUUAAUUCUCUCAAUAACUCAGUGUAGCACUUUAUAGUCUGAAGGACAGCACAGUGGGGAAGAAGAGAUGGAGAAAAAGAAGGGAGUUGGCUUUUUUUUUUUUUAUUUAUUUCUCUUCAUCUUUUAUAACAAGGAGUAUAUUGCUUUCUAUGUAGUGAUUAGGUGGGCUGUAAUUGAAUUUACUUGAGUAAAGAAAACAAACGAAACCUAGACUAAAAAAAGAAAACAAAAAAAAAAAAAAGUGCCAAGCAGAACAUAAAGCCGUUCUAUACCCAAAAUUGAAAUCCUUACUUUUAUUUCACACAGUUUUAUAUAUAUAUAGUAGAAGAAUGUAAACUUUCUGCUGGGUGUCUGGUCAGUGUGUAUUGUUUCUUGUGAUAUAAGUUGUUGUUUUUUUUUCUUUAGAUUUUUGUACAUUAACCGGUUGGUUGCUUCCUGUUAAUCUACUUUACACAUUGUGUUUUUUUUCUUUAGAUUUUUUUAAAAGACAGGAAAUUUGUAUGUUUAAUUUAUACAUGUUCUAAUAUAUUACCAGGGACUGUGUCUCUUGCUUCUUGAAACAUAGCUGAAUGUUACUGCCAAGUGAAGAACCCUAUAUAAUGCAUCUACCAAUUGCACAGAAACCUGCUUUACGUGGUCGCCGAAGCAAAAGCCACUACUAUACUGUUCCGUCAGUGCAACGGGUACACCCGACAAGGAUCUAUUGGAUCUAUUCCCUAUUACAUACACAAAGCGACAGUAGUCAGGGUGGAGAACUUGGAAUCGAAAUCUCUCCCACCGAUUGAAUAGAGCAAACUACUGCAGGCAGCAUGACUGGUAAUAUUUAAAAUAAUAUAUGUAUAUUGGUUAUAGGCGAGGAUAUUUUUAUUUAGGGGUGGUCAUUCUUUCUGUGUAAUCUAUCAUGUGAAUUUAAACUAUAUAUCGUUUGGUCUGUCCUUAUUUACUACAUCGUGUGAUAUAAAAGUAGCGAGCCCCCCCCCCCCCCCCCCCUUUUUCUUUCUUUUUUUUUUUGUUUGUUGAAAACUUGCCUCCUUUUCUGCUGUGGCACGAUUGGCUGCAUAUAUUACAUACACUCAAACAGAUUUUUUUUUUUUUUUUUUUUUUUUUAAUCAGGGCUAGUGAAUUAUAAAAAAAAUAAAAUAAAAAUGGGGAAAAAGUGUCUGCCUGCCAUAGCUGUUCCUUCAACUGAGUGCUGCACAUCAUGGGCUCUGUCUGUGCGAGAGAAAUCAAGGUGCUUGGUGUCCUUGCAUGACAUGGAGUUUUGCAUGUAGAUCGAUUUGAAAUGUUCCUCUUGUUUACAUAAUUUGCAUUAUAUAUAAAUAUAUAUAUAAAUAUAAAAGAAAUGUUGCCAAACUUUGGUACAUGUUGAUGUUUAACAAUCGGGGAAAAAAUAAAAAAUAAAAAAAAAAUCUCCACACACCAUGUAAGUUUUUGUUCCUCUGGACCAGUCCGUGGUUCAUUAUCCCAGCCAGUGGUCUUCUGUUCCAGUGUCAGCUGCCAUGUGCUCUGCUUCAUGGGGGAUAUAGUCUUUUUUUAUUUUAUUUUUGUACAUACAUUGUGUUAAACAUUUUAGCGUAUGCUUUCUAUUUCUAACGCUUGUGCAUAUCUGGGCUGAAGUUAAAAUAGCAAUCAUUUCCUUAUUGGAGAUUUUUUUUUUUUUUUCAAGUUUGCUUGGGGAAAUGGUUAUUGUUGAAUGUUUCAUUUUUUCCCUCUGCAUGCUAUAUAAAUUGUAGGAAAUUAGACUUCAUACUGUAUGAAUAAAGAAACAGAACUUGUUA